AAUAAGUUCGGGCUCGGGCUGCCAAGCUAACGUCAACGGCUAUGAAUAAAUAUGUCGAUUCGCCGGUUACCCGUUAGCAAAGCGGGCUAACAUUAAUCUUAACGCCGUCGGCUCGAACCGUCAACAUUUGGACGAUAAAACGCCAUUGCACGUGUGCUUGAGGCAGACAUCAGCGAUUCCCUGGCAACAAAAGCUUGGCAGCUGCUCAGACGACACACAUGGUGAGGAAGAUGCUAAUCCACUCGGGCCGAGCAACGACCACAGAGAGACCUGUGGACAACAUGGGCCUGCUGUCUAUUCUUCGGAGACUAAAGCAGUCACCGGAGCAGGAGGUGCGCUUACUGCUGUUAGGGUUGGACAAUGCUGGCAAGACCACACUGCUGAAACAGCUGGCCGCUGAAGAUAUCAGCCACAUCACGCCCACACAAGGCUUCAAUAUAAAGAGUGUGCAGUCUUCGGGGUUCAAAUUAAACGUUUGGGACAUUGGAGGGCAACGCAAGAUCCGUCCGUACUGGAGGAAUUAUUUUGAGAACACAGACGUGCUGAUCUAUGUGAUCGACAGCUCAGAUAGGAAAAGGUUCGAAGAGACAAGUUUGGAGCUUGCCGAGUUGCUGGAGGAAGAAAAGCUCGCUGCCGUGCCGCUGCUUGUGUUUGCCAACAAGCAGGACCUGAUGACCGCCUCUCCGGCGUCGGAGCUGGCGGAGAGUCUCCACCUGCACACCAUCCGGGAUCGCAUGUGGCAGGUGCAGGCCUGCUCAGCCGUCACUGCAGAAGGAGUGCAGGACGGGAUGACCUGGGUUUGCAGAAAUAUUAAGUUUCGGAAGAGAUAACUGAGGAGUCGUGACCAACUUGAAGAAGCACUUUAAACUUGAUCUAUGCAGUCAUUCUGAGGUCCUUAUGAUGAGAUAGCAGAUUUUUUUAAGUAUCUCUUUUGCCAAUAUGUUUUUGAUUAAAUACAACUACUUUAUCUGUAAACAAAGAUGCCAAUACACUACCCAGGUAGAUUCAGUCACUGACCACAGUAUUGUAUGAUGUAUGUAUGUAAGUGCAGUUAUUUAUAACAUUGUUAUGUCAAUUUAAGUAAGAAUGUAUGUUUGAAGUUUACUGAAUAAAUUCACCCUUUGAGUUUUA